UUGAUCUGUUUUCUAUGGGAUAAAAUCUAUGUAUAUGAUUGUUGCUAAGUAGCUUCUUUAUACAGUCCAAAAAUUAGGUGAACUGCGUCAUGGAGUAGAAGUUAUGGAGCUAAAUGUAAUUCAUAGAGAAAAUCUUGACACAUACACAAGCAAAAAAAAGAGAGACAGAGGACUUCUAUUAUGAUGAAAAUAGCCAUCUGUUUUUCUGUUUUGAGCAAAACAGGUCAAAAUGGCAGUUCAAUCUUGUAAAGGCAAUUGUCUUAGAAUUUCGGCUCGGAGUCUAAUUUAUUUCUACAAAACGGAUUUGUGAUGUGAGGAAUGUUAACCUUUGAGAUAACAUAUAUGCUAUGGUUAAAAUAAGUAUAGAUAUAGCAAUUACUUUGUUCUUCUCUCUGUACCUGCUUAAUUUCUUCAGCAUUACAUUAAACACUGUUUGUCUUCCUCCUUUUUUGGUUUCUUUUCUUGUACUUCAGUGUACACAUAUCCACUUUCCUGACAUAGAAUCAAUCUUUCUUGAAUCGAGUCAGCAAGCAUGGUUGAAGACCCUUGUUUUGUCAGGUUUUGGAAUUUUUGAUGACAGAAAGGCAGAUGUGUGGUCUGAUUUCUUUUGCCUUCUUAAAUUUAGAGGUAUUGAAAUAGAAAAAGUACAUCUAAGAGGAUCAUCUGACCAAUGGUGGUGUCCAUCUCUGUCUGCUCUUUCUGCUAAAGUUUCAUCCAAAACUGUACCAGUCAAUCCUGCCAUGGUCACCGCAGUAUCUUCAAUCCUUAAAUCUUUGGGAGAAGAUUCAUUGAGGAAGGAACUCACAGGGACACCUGGUCGAUUUGUGAAAUGGCUAAUGAACUUCCAAAGCAUUGACAUGGAUUUGAAGCUAAAUGGUUCCCUUUCUGGUGGUGUCGAUACUUUUGACCCUGAUAGGGAGGUAAACUUCAAGGACCGACAAAUACACUGUGAGUUGAACUUGCCAUUUUGGUCGCAAUGUGAGCAUCAUAUACUUCCAUUUCAUGGUGUAGUUCACAUAGGAUACUUCAUUUCAGAAGGUUUUGAUCCCAUUGCAAAAUCCCUUGUACAGUCUAUAGUACAUUUUUAUGGUUUCAAACUACAGGUUCAGGAAAGGCUUACAAGACAAAUAGCAGAAACCAUUGCACCACUUUUAUUAGGUGGGCAUGUAAUAGUAGUUGUGGAGGCAAGCCACACAUGUAUGAUUUCUAGGGGAAUUGAGAAGUUUGGAAGUAGUACAGCUACCAUUGCUGUAUUAGGUCACUUUUCAACUGACCUUGCUGCAAAGGCCAUGUUCUUUCAGAGUGUUGCUAGUGCUACAACUUCUCGGGGGCAAUAGUUCCUGUUGGUGCUGACUUGAAUUCAUUCUCUUCACUUUUCAAGGUUUUGCUACUAGCAUUUGAUAAAUGCAGAAGACCUCCUUUCAUGAAUAGUUUCACUACAUUUCAAAAUCACACAAAUUUUGUUCCGGUGGCAAAGGCUUACUACCAUCAUAAGAAGAUAGAUAGUAGAUCUUAAUAUUUUUUCUUCCCCCCUUUAUGUGAUUACAUUCUACACACGUAU